AUGAAGUAUCCAGUACUCUUCAUGUUUUCUCUAUGCUUGUGCGGGGUGCGCGCGCGCUGCCCGCCCGAUGCGUGGGCGCCGCUGCCCUUCGCGCUCGAGUUCGCUCUGUGGCGCGGGUGGCGGCAAGCCGUCGUCUACACCCCCGACUUAGAAAGAGGUUGUCAAUGGGCAAAGAUAAGACUGGCGAAGUGCUUGAGCGUGAACGGAGUGGCUUCUGCCUUCGACCCCGCGCAACAACCCCGGGUGCGCACGCGCCUUGGUGUUCUGGUGCUGAUGCCGCGGCUGAAGGGAAACGCUUCUACCACCAUUAUAGAGCUGCUGAAAAGGCUCCACGAAUUCGAAAUGAACACAGCGCCAUACGAUUGGCUAUUGACAGUAAGAUCCGAUGGGGAUUUUGAUCGAAUGAACGCUUUAUUGAACGUUACUUCAUUGCGGUUCGAUCAGAAUAUCGCUGUCGGUUAUCCUUCCAUCGGCCGUAAUCCAGAAACACGUGUAGGAUUGUGCGAUAUGAACUUCGUUUACAAAAAAGACUCCAGAUAUGAGGGGAAGUCCCGCAACACUUUUUACAGCCGAGAAAACAAGUGCGGGAAUCAUAAACAGCGAGCCUGUCAACAGUACGUGAGAGAAAUCAGCUACUACCGCUCCACAAUUCGAUUCAAAAACCUGACUGUAAACAAAACGUACAAAAGCUCCGGGAGAAUACUAAAUCUGUUUCACUCGGGAGAAUUGAACUUUAAUAAUUCAAGACCCUUCGAAAUGACAAAUAUUAGCCGAUUUUCUCUGAAGUAUCAUUUUAACAGGUGGAACAGAUUUAACAGAGUCGACAGAAACAAAGGCGGCGUACACAUUGUACAAUACUUCAAAGUGCGAUCUAACUCUACUCUGUAUGCUUGCUAUUUAGGUUUCUGGAGCAGGGAUACUUCGAUGUCAGGGGUAGACACCCCAUUCCCAGAUGACGUGCGGAACUUACUGGGUGAGGAGAUCGUGGUGGGAAGAAGGAACGCUUCCACUGAUGGGACUCCAACUCCGGACGAUGAAGGUCCUUCGGCUCCGGCUCUACUUGAUGACGUACUCUAUUUUUUAACCAACAAGCUAAAUGCUACUCCUGUAACCCGAUACUACGCGAAGCUGGGAUUCCGCACGUACGAAGGUUCCUGGACUGGCCUCCUGGGGGCUCUGAUGGACCAGUCGGUGGACUUGGCGUUGGAGCCGGUCACUGCGCACCCGUCGCUGCAUAACGACAUGGACUUCAUCUUCCCUAUCGCUGAGACUAUGUGUAAUAUUUACAUUCGCCAGCAAGAGACAUCCACGGUCCGGGACAUCUUCAUGGCCCCAUUCAGCGCCCGGCUGGUGGCUUGUGUAGUGGCUGUGGCCUUUUUGGCAGCCUCUGCUGUCGUGCUGAUCAGCAGACUGGCUCCUUCAGUGCAUAAUAAGGCACGCCCUAUGGAGUAUGCAGAGGCCCUAAUAUGGUCCACUGGGAUACUCUGCCAGCAAGGUGGUUCAUGGACUCCUCCGAACCCUGCAGCAAGCAUCCUCCUCAUCGUAUGUCUUUUGUUUGCUGUGGUGACGUACAACGCGUACGCAGCGUUCAUAACAUCGGUGCUGUCAGUGAGAGUAGCGUCUCUUGACACUGUUGCGGCUGUUCUUCAAUCACCAGACUUGAAGAUAGGGUACAUUAGGAAUGGAGCUGAUCAGUUGUACCUGAUGUCUACAAAAGAUGUACAACUCAAUGCCUUCUACAUUCGAGGGUACUCGGACUCCGAAAACCUGGUGUCUUCGGCAGAGGAGGGCCUUGCGCGCGCUGCAAAACAAAACUACGCUUUUUUUGCUGGCCAACGAGCUGCUAGAGCUACUCUGCGGAACCUGAGCCAGGCGAGAGGCAGAUGCGCAGUGAGAGAACUGCCCGUCCAUUCUACGCGGGCGCAGCUUGCGUUCCCUCUGCCACACCGAUCGCCUUACGCCAGACCUACGCUAAUUUGUCUCCUUCAGUUGCACAACACAGGAGCCUUGGGCAGACUGAAAGCCGCGCUGGUGCCGUCCAUGCCGGAAUGCUCCUCGCCAUCUGGCUUUGCUUCAGCUCGCAUUAACGACGUUCGAUCCGCACUCAUACUGGUCGUUGGAGGGCUGGUAGCUGCUUUUGUGAUAGGUCUUGCGGAAUACUGUUGGAAGAAUCGGAAAGCAUUGCAAAUUGCUUUGUUGACAUAUUGGAGGCGGCUUGUUAAUUUUGCUAAGUUAAAUUAA